UAAGUCUUUUUUUUUUUUUUCACACAGAUAUAUGAAGUGUUCAAUGCUUGUCUUACACUGCGGUUUUUCAGGAAAAAAAAUAAUGAUCCUCUGACAUGGAACGUAGCGCUCCCCCCUCAUCUUGGAUCUGACCGGAGCCGGGACGGAAGCGGAAAUGGCCACGAGCUGUCAGAGCCCCCUAGAGCCGGCUAUGGAGGGGUUGUGUCAGCCUCCGCAAGAAGCCAAAUCCGAGGUCACUAACCAGCUUCUAGAUCUUCAGUGGAAAAUGGGUAUGGCAGUGAGCUCAGACAGUUGCAGAUCUCUUAAAUCUCCUUAUGUUGCAGUGACACUAAAAGUGGCAGAUCAGUCAGGCCAGAUUACGAACAAGUCCUUUGAAAUGACAAUUCCACAAUUUCAGUAUUUCUUCAAGCAGUUCAAAGAAAUGGCUGCUGUUAUUGAAACUGUGUAAGAGCUGCUUACUUUGUUGCUAAAUCUCUGUAACCUUUGUAAGAUAAUGUGUCAUUUGAUGUAAGUACAAUUGCAUAAUGAUUAAAUGUUAUUUGUCAAAUGAAAAUGUAAUUUCUUUGUCAUCUUCAUAGGGUAAGAUAAUACUGUUAUUUUAAUCUUUAUUCAUUUAUUAGAUUGUCCCAGAAUUUUAUAUAACCUAAAUAAAUGUAGUAUUGACAAUUACAAAUAAACCUGCCAAAACAAAGAAUUUUAAAUAAGAUAAUUCAAUAGAACAUGCAAUAAUUUAUAGCAUUAGUGAAACAUUUGGCGAUAUAAGAGAGGAUAGAAAAAAUUAACUUAUUUAAGAUGUUCAGGUUCAAAGAAUAACUUGAUCAAAAUAUAAGUCUAUGAGGCUAUCAACAUAUUAGAAGCUGGACAGAGCUAUCCUAGGAUUGUGGCAUAAGCAGAAAGUAUAUGUCCUCCUCUAUCUAGAACAGGGCUUCUUAAACUUUUUCCACUCUUGACCCUUUUUUGCCUGAGAAAUUUUUAUGUGACCCCGGGUAUACAAGCAUAUAAAAUAGAUAUACAUAACCUGUUGCCAAAUUUUUCUUCACCCCCACAUUCAGUUACAUGACCUUGUAUGGGGUCACAAAACACAGUUUAAGAAGCUAGGAUCUAGACCAACCUAUGCAAAGCAUUCUAAGUUUUUUGCCUUGGAGACAAAAAUUUUUUUUAAUGCAUUAUCUUACUGAUGUGAAUUGAGCAGAAAUGGUGUUAGGAAGUUACACAGAAAUAACUGCCAGUGAAUUCUGUAGCAAAUUUCAGUAAGUAUCUCUGCAAGAUUUCAUAGUUAAGAAAUGGUAUUGUUUUGGAAGUGUUACCCAGCAAGGGUAUUUGUAUUCUAAAUGCGUAUGAAUUUUUACUUUAUACCUUAAUGAUAGGAUUAUAGAUUUAAAAAUGGAAAGGAUUUUUGAAAUCAACUAGUUUAAACUAGUCCAUUUGAGUCCCAGAGAAUUUGUAAUUUGCACAGUCACAUUGAUAGGAUCUGAGGAAGCCAAAAUUUGAACCUAGGUCCUCUGACUCGAAAUCCAGGACUCUUUUCACUGGACCACACUACUGUGGUUUAUAUAUUAGGAAUAUAUGUAAACUGACAGGAGAUUUGGACUCUGAUCUUCAUUCUGCCGCUAAAUUACUUCUUAGGGUAAGUCAUGCAGUCUUUCUCUUUUUUCCUUAAUUUGUAAAAUUAGAGGGUUGGACCAAAUCUUUAAGUUCCCUUCUACCUCUAAAAUGUUGUCACAAGAAAACCUGAAUUACUCUUGUUAUGCCAUUGAAUAGUUUUCCUAAACUUAAACUUUAUGUGAUAGAAAAAGCAAAGGAGACACAUUUAUUUCUAGGAACCAAAACUUUACAUCUACUGGUGUUUUCAAAAAGGAGCAUAGUAGGAUCAUUCUGUUUUCAAGUGAUAGCAUGGAAAACAUUUUUGCCACAGAUUUGAAAACAUUUGAAGACCUGACCCCCCCCCCCCAAAAAAAAAGCUGUAUGUCUUUUUUUUUUUUUUUUUGGUGAGGCAAUUGGGGUUAAGUGACUUGCCCAGGGUCACACAACUAGUAACUGUUAAGUGUCUGAGGCCAGAUUUGAACUCAGGUCCUCCUGAAUCCAAGGCAGGUGCUUUAUCCACUGCGCCACCUAGCUGCCCCUGUAUGUCUUUUAAUGAAACUAUUCUUGCCUUAAGUUGGUGGCAAAAUACUUGAUCUUUCCACCUGAAAAGUGAUUCCUCUUAGAAUCCAGUCAGAUGCCAUUUUGCCACUUCUACUUCCACAUUUCUCACAUCCAUGGAAUUGGUGACAUUUGAGUUGGGUCUUGAAGGAGAACAAUAAUUUAAAUAAAUAGAAGUGAGGGAGUAGGGGGAAGAAGGAAUCUAUUUUGGGUACCUGAGAAUGGUAUAUGCAAGUAUGCUGAAAUAGGAGAAGUCAAGAUGAGUUUGGGAAUUGUGAAUAAUUUCAGUUCAGUUGGAACUUGAGUAUAUGUAGGUAAAUAGGGUGAAAUAUGGCUAGAAACAGAUUGGAUUGGUCUUCAAUACCAAACUAAGCUGUUUUAAUUUUAUUUCGUAGUCAAUGAGAAGCCAUUUAAGAUUUUUUAACGAGGGAAUGAUGUUAUUAAACUUGUUCAUUUGAAUCAUAAAACCUCUGAAUCAAGAACUAUUUCUGGCAGAAAUGUAAUGGGUUGGAAAUGGGAGAGACUACAGACAGGGAGAGCAUAGGAGACUAUUACAGCAAUCCAGGCAAAGGAUAAUGAGGGCCUUGGCCUAGAGUGUUUCAGUAGGAGUGGUAGGGAGUAUCGAAAUGCAAGAAUGAACUGUAAUAACCUCAAGAAUGCAGCUUCAAAACCAACUUUGAACUUUAGUCUUCAUGCUACACUGCUCAAAUUUACCAACUGGGAUUCAUUAAGAAAUUCGGAAAUUAAAAAAAUUACCAAAAAGUUAUUGUUAUAAAUUAUAUCUUAUCUAAGAAAAAUGACAUUAUUGACUAAUAAGUUUUUUGUGUAUUUCAUCUGUUGUUCUUAAAAAUGUAUGUAGUCAUGACCUACUUAAUGACUUUAGGCAAGAUUACAGGAACAGUUAUUUCUGUAAGGCCAAUAGUUUAAAAAUAAUUUAAAUUUUCCAAACUUGACAAAUGCCAAAAAAAGAAAUUUUCAUAUACAAAGAAGAACAGAAAGAGAUUGUAAAAAAACCAUGAGUUUCCAUUAUGUACAGCUUUUUCUUUAAAUUUAUAAUAAAUUCAACA